AUGUUGGAGUCAUUAGUUGAAAAGUUACUGAAUAAAUUCCUCGCGCCAUAUGUCGAGGGUAUUGAGAGGAACCUACACUUGGGGGUAUGGUCUGGCAACAUAGUUCUAGAGAACCUGAAGCUUAAGCCGCAAAUAACCGAAAUAUUAGAUCUUUCGUUUAAGAUAAUCCAUGGUAAUAUAGGAAGAAUAAAUAUACAAAUCCCAUGGAGUAAGUUAGGGAAGAGUCCUGUAUGUGUGCUCAUUAAAAAUGUACACAUAUAUAUAAAACCAAGGAGCUACAAGAAAAGCGAAAAUGUGAUUAUUGAAGAGUUGAGAAGAGCCAAAAUGCAUAGACUGGAACUGUUGGAGGAAGAAAUUUCGCUCAUUAAACAACAGAAAAAUAAGGAAAAGUCAUCGGAAAAGUCCACACUUAUAUUUAAAUUGUUAAAUAAAAUUAUUAACAAUAUCCACGUAGACAUUCAGGACAUAUUAAUUCAUUUUGAAGACCCUGAGAGAAACUUUUCUAUCGGAUUUAUCCUCAAGUCAUCCUCCGUCAAAAAUUGUCUUGUGAAGGAGGGAAACGCGGCAGAGCCUGCCAAUUCAGGCACAAAUGCGAGUGCAAAUGCGAGUGAGGAGAAUAAGAAGUUAAAUCACAUCAUCGAGUUUAAGGGACUGUGUAUCUACAGCAACAGUAAUAUAAGGAAAAAGCGCAGGAGGAAGAAGGGAGAAAAAGGUAAGACAGGGGGCGAAAACGAUCGAAAUAUCUCGGCGGGGGGGCCAAAGCGGCAAGCCACCAGCGCCUCGUCCGGUUCGCUAACGAGAGGUGACCCUGAUAAGGACGAAAGGGAAGACCUGAAGAAUAGGUCAUCUCUUUCUGACGACGAAGAUGAAGGAAAUGAUGUCAGUGGCAGAGUAAGCAAUUUGGACAGUUCGUCCAAGUUAAAGAAUGACUUGUCCAUUAGUUACGACAAAAACGAUGAUUUGGCUUUCGAGUCCAAGUUAGGGAGUGCCAACCCAGAGGAAGAUCAGAAUUGUGAUAGUAAGGACAACUACUUGAAAAGAACGCUAACCCAGAUUAGCAACUUUUUAAAAGAUGACGACAGCAGAAUUUUAAACUACUACAACUUUGAGUAUCUGAUAAAGCCGUUCGACUUGGUUUUACCAGUGGAACAAUCUAGCAAUAAAAAGGAGCUGAAAGCCAAGCUAGAAAUAGGGGAAAAGUGGGAAGGAAUUACGCUAACCAGAACACAAAUUACAAAAAUUAUCGAAAUAAUGAAUGAAGCCAAUAAGUCGAGGAAUCAGACGAACAAAUUGUUGCUAAAGUAUGCGUAUACAGUAAAGCUAGACAUAGAAUCGCUGCGAAAUGAAACCAAAAAUGAAUUUAUGAAUCUGUACAAUAAAGUUCUUGCAGAGAAGUAUAACAUAUCAACGACGGAAUUAACCUCCCAGGAGAUGGACAGGUUGCAAAUUUUGUACGAUGUAGUUGGGGUACGCCAUCUUGCCAAGUGGAGAUUGCAAUGUAAAAAUACCUUGGAAAAAAUAAUUGAAGAAAAAAAUUUGAAAAAAAAAUAUCUCUACGACUCCAUAUAUAAGCAACAGUCCUGGUGGUCCUGGGUUACAGGUAAUAAGAAGGACAUUGAAAAUAAGGUCCAGAGUAUUUUAAAUAGUGAACAAGACAUAAUAAAUGAGAAGGAGUUGUACAUUUUGCAGGAAGCUAUGACGAACGAGGAUAAUUACGAUGUUGUCCUUCCAACCAAAUAUGAUUUUCAGUUUAAAUUGGCAAAUUUUUCCAUCAACGUGUAUGAUGAUUGUAAGAAGGGAAAAAGAAGAACAAAGAGGGUGUUACUUCAGAGGGGGGAGUUAGCAGAAAGAGGAAGAAUUAACGGAAAUAUGCACCCUAUGGAUGGAAGCGCAACUGGUGUUGAACUAACGGAAGGAACAUCCAAUCCGAGGAGCAACCCACUGGUGGAGGAAAUAUCUCUGAGUGGAAGUGAAGACACCCAGUUGAAUAGCUCCCCAGCUAUCAGCCCUUCUAAUAGUAACUAUAUAAAGAAGGGGAUGAAGUAUGAAGAAAUUAACAUACUCUCGAUAAAUUUUUACCAAAUAUAUUCUUCUCUGUCGUUACAGUCCGUGGUGGACCACAACGAUAAUGAUAAUUUCCAAUGGAAAUUUAUAAUCGAGUUACAAAAUUUUGUAGCAAAGCAUAAGAAUAAAAUUUUCAUGGAAUUUAGGACGAACAAGAAUUUAUUCCCCUACAAUGUUAACAGUACAGGAAGUAGCCUUUACCAGAAUGCAAUUUAUUAUUCUUUGCUACAUAGCCAAAGUUUGUGUGCCUAUGUGGAGAUAAACCAUUUGGUGACUGAAAAGGGCAACACUUUAUCCACUUUGUUAAGAUUGAAUCCGCUGGAGUUAUACGUGUCUCCUUUACUUAUUAAGAACAUUCUGUCUUUUGCCUUUCCCCUGAUAGAUAUCGUUAAUAAGAAGCACAAGUCUGUUUUUCGCAGGGGCAAGGAGAAGGACUCCCUUUUGUGUGACGGUGCGACGGAGACACCAUUGAGGGAGGCGCCAGUGAGGGAACAACUUCCCAGUGAAGAGCUUCCAGGGAAACCGCCCCCCGGAGAAACUCCUAAAAGCACCGCGGGAGAUGAUCAAGCGGAAACGUCGGAGGAUGACGAAGAAGAUGAGGAGGCGCUGGAGCACAUCAAGAAGAUGGAACAGACGGAAUUGAUAGAGGGGCUGAAAGAGAAGGGAGAAAACGUAUACAACAGAGCAGUUCAGCAUUUGCCUGAGCUAUUCGAAUUCUACAUUCAUAUAUGUGGUCCUAUAUUACAUUUUGAUAAUUUAACCAACGGUAUUGUCGAAUUACACUUGGGUAAUUUGAUAGCGAAAACGGAGUUCCCCUGCACGUAUCACAAAUUUAACUUAAUUUUUGAAUUCAACGAAACGCAGAUAACGUGUUUGAAGGCAUCUCUGCAGGGGGGUGGGGGCAAGUGCAAGGAUGAAAAUGACAUACAUGUUAGACGUACUGAGGUGGACUUGGUUAGCGGAUUGCCCCCCAUGAAAGGGGAGAACCCAGAGGGGGAAGAGGAGGGGAAGAAUCUUCCCCUCAUGGAAGAAACCCAUUUAAAGGACAGCUAUUGCAACCGCAUAAAGGAAAAGACACAGAAGAGUGAGAAGUUCUAUAUACUGCAGCCCAUCCCUGUAAAGGUAUAUGUGGAAUACGACUUGAAAAUUUUGAGAACGAACAUUAUUUUGGAUGGCAUUUUUUUCCAAAUAAAUCCAGAUGCAGUGAGCAUCAUAUUGGCUGUGCCUACGUCUAUCACGAGGUAUUUAACUCGAUUUUACUCAAAAAAUAAAAAAGAAAAAGACUUUCUUAAAGGUAGAAAAAAGACUUCAGUGGAGAAAAAGGGCGUAAUAUCUUCAUCCAAGGGGGAAGGAAAUAUUUGCUUGAAAAUACCUUCGGGGGAUGGAGCUUCCAAGGAGAAUAACUCCGUCAGUGUUCAUGCUCCGAAUGACGAUGAGUCUAAGGGUAAUCUGACUGAUGUGAACCAAACUAACAAACUGGAGGAAGAAUCCUUUCUCUAUGAUAUCGACUUUUUAAUUAAAAAUUCGUCCUUCUCCAUUAAAAAUGGGAAAAAUAGGGAGGUACUAAAAUACGAGGCCUGCGGAAUAUCAUACAAGAAUUACCUGCAGAAAAAGAAGAAAAUUGUGAAGGUUGAAAUAGAGCAAUUGUGGAUUUGUGACCCGAGUAAUAGGCAGCCAAUUUUUUUUACCCUAACGAAGAAUGUGAAUUCGAAGGAUAUUUUUCUCUUCCGGUCCUUGUCAACUUAUUUGGAGGAAAAGCACAACGCGAUGGUUAAUGGAGGUGUCGCUCGUGGGGUGAUGCUACCACCACCGACAUCAAAACCAUUAUCACCAUCACAGUCACUUCCAGGAGGGGCAGGAGAUAGCAUCAAUUUGGGAACUCCGCCCCAUGGGGAUGCAACCAGUGAUAAGCAUGUUAUCGGUCACAAGGGGGAUGACAAUACCGUGAGCAGAGAUGCCAGCAAUGAGGGGAACGGCUCGGGGGACAUAGAUCGAUUUCAGUCGGCUGAAAGAAUAGAGGAAUUUAUGGAAAGUGGUUUUCCGAGCGAAGGGAAGGAAUUUUCCCCAAGUAAUGAGCUGGAUAAAGGUUGGAAGGUGAGGAGCGGUUCGAACGGAAGUAUACCUAAUGAGGGGGGAACGGUGGACGACGAGGAAGAAGAGCCCUUCCCGGAGGAUGAGGAAGACGACGAUUUCAUGGAUGCCAUCGAAGAGAAGCAGCUGUCCAUAAAUCUGCAAAUUUUGCAGGAGCAGAACCAAAUGAACAGAGCCAAGACGCACGUGAACUUAAUCAUCAGUGAUAUUGAACUCCACUGGAAAUACAAAACGAUCAAACAGAUAUUCAAAACGAUGAAGGAAUACAAGAAGAAGCUGCAGUAUGGAAUUGAGAAGGACAUGAAGUAUAUAAAAAAUAAGUUAAAGAACGAGGAGGAGUUAAAAAAUUAUAAGAUGUUCAUUUCGGAACACACCUUGAGAAGUGUGCAGGAGACCCUAAAUAAUGUGAAGAAUUCUUUGAAUAUUUUGGACUUAGAAUCUGCUAGGAAGAGUAAUGAGGAAGAUUUGAAGGAGGAAAUGUCAUCUGCAGGUGAUGGCACACAUCCAGGAAGCGCUCAGAUGGGGUCAUCGCCAGUACAUCCCAGGGGUAGCAAUUUUCUGGAACCAAUGGGGAAAACUCAGCAUAUGGGUGGAAGAAGUACACAAAUUCGUGGCGCACAAAAUGGUGCGGAUGGCGAUGACGAUUACGAGGAGGAUAUCCUUAGCAAUGGCUUGAAUAACACCCUACCUAAACUGUACGGACAGAAGAACUCCUACGUAAAGUACUUCUUCAAUUGUUACAUCAAGAGUGCCUCUCUAGCCUUCUGGCAGAAGAGGAAAAUCUUUUCAAAAAUUCAAGUGAGCAGCAUAUAUUACGAAAAUAAGGUGUACUUAAAUUUUGAUCAGAAAAUGUUCGUAAACAUUGAAAAGGGUAUCAUAUCGAUGAAUAGCAAAAAUAUCAUUUCCAACAACAUAAAUGAUUACACGUAUGAUUUGUUCAUUUCGAGGAGGAGCAAAAGAUUUGGCGCAACCGAUUUUGAGAGGGUGAAACCCAGUGAGGAUAGCAAAGGGGAGAAUGUGAAGACCAUGUCGGAAAGACGAAACAGUAAAGAUAUUUUAAAUUAUAUCAAUGUAGAUAACUUAUCUGAGGAAAUAAAAAAAAAGAAAAAAAAAUCAAACAAACAGAAAAGACAAGAUUUAUUUGUUGGAAAAAUUAAGGUGUACAAGGAUAAGAGAAAUUACAACAUAUGUUUGCUCUGCGAUAUAUCCAGUAUAUAUUACAUUUUUUACUUACGCGAUUUAAAGUUAUUUCUGGAGUAUCUAGAUGAUGGUAUUUUGAAUGUGUUUAUAAGUAAAUCGUACAAGAAGGUGGUACAGGUAGCUCAGGCGAAAUAUUUUCUCUUCCACUGUACCAUCUUGGAUCCCGUUGUUAUUAUUCCGGAGGAUAAAAAUAUAAUAUAUAAUUAUCGCGGGGAGGUUAAGGAUGUGUCUAAGAUCUCCAAGGCGAGCAUCAAUGGAGGUGCGAAUGGCAAUCGUGGGGGGAACUCCAUCCCGUAUAUUGAAUCUUAUUUGAAAUUUCAUUUGGGCACAUUAAAAUUUAAAAAUUCGUACACGGUGAAUUAUACCCAAGGAAUUGUCGAAAAUCAGCGAAGGGCUCUGCGCGAGAGGAGGAAAAGGAAAAGGCAAGCAAGACAGGCAAGAGCAACAAUGCAGGGAAGAUCUACCUCAAGGAAGCGUCAAAUGGGUGUGCACUGCAGUGAUAAGGGCGCUAGCUCGACCCCAGAUGAGGCAACAGAAAAUGAGGAACUGGAAAAGAAGGAAAAAACAGAAAAGGUAGGAGGGAAGUACGAUUUUACGCUCUAUGUGGAUUUGCUAGACAUGGAAAGUCGCGCCUGUGAAAAUGGGGGAAGUAUCAACAUACAAGGGAAUAUUUUACAAAAAGUGAACAUAGGAUUAUGCCUAGUCAGCACCAAGGAUGGUGUUUUCAUUUACAUGAAUGGGAAUGAUUUUUGCCUGGAUUUAACUGUAUUUCAGUUGGCAUUUUUGUUAGACAUUAUUAAUGAGAACUUUUGCUACAAGGGUUACUUCCCUAUGUGCUUCAUUUGUGAUAAGGGCGUGAACAUAGACAGCAUGUUGAACGCAGAGUGGUUCCGCAAGGGAAACAUCAAUUUGGGGAAUCUGAGCGUUCGGCGCGGGGGAGAAGGGAUGCAAAGGGAGAAAGAAGGCACCGAAGGUAACGAGACAAACUCGGCAAACGUGGAGAAAGAGAUAAACGAAACGAACGAGGAGAAGGAGUUGAGUAGCCCGCCAGGGACGCUGAACCCGGCCGGGAGUGAACCCGUGAGGAAAAACGGGCUAAAGUUAUACUUGUACAUAAAUCUGGAAAGCCUAAAGAUUAAAACUUCCUUUGACGAAAACACCCCAGUAGCUAUAAUAACUUUCCAAAAUAUAAGCAUCUCGUUUCACCUAGUUCUCCUAGAUUUUUACUAUAUAUAUUUUUUCGAUCUUUAUAGUAACUCCCUCUACAUUGAUGAUGUGAGAAAGAACUCCAUUAACUACUACAAGCGAGUAGCAUACUGUUGCAUCGAGAACGAAGCAAGCAGAGUGAAGAGGAAGAGGGGGGAGAAAUAUUAUGAGGAAAAAAUGAGGGUGAAUUUUGUGAAGGAAAAUGCCGAGGCCAAGAUAUCUCUAAUUAAGAAUACGAGCGUGUCUGUGAAUAGUAACUCGUGUAUUUCGAACCUAGAAGAGGAGAACAACUUGAGUAGCAGCGCUGCGGUGGGAAGUAACCCUGUAGGGGGGAGCAGGCAUCCUUGCGUCGAUCGCCGUGUGCCACCCCCCGCAAGUACGAAGGAUUACAAAGGACUGCUGCGCUACAUGUUCGAGAGCAACGUAUUUCUGAGCGAAGAAAAAAAGAAGAAAAGGCAAAAGGGAAUAAAAAUAAGAAUUAAUUCCUUUAUAGAGGAUAUCAUCCUAAGCAUAGAAUUGGAUGAUGCAUACAUCUGUUGCUUUUUUAUAAUUUUUAUGGAUAUAUAUAAAUUUUUGUCCACGGGUUUUAACUUAAGCACACUGCAUCUGUAUCCAAAGCCAUCUCCCUACAUCGUUUCGGCGAAGGAACCGGGAAGGAAGAAAAAGGGGAAGAAAGUUACAGGGGCAUAUGACACUUCUCAGAAGGAUAUUUACAAUGUGGGAAUGAACAAACAUAAUUUGAAAGAGGAUAAGAAGGAGCUCCAUCCAGAUGAAGCGAACAGGUAUGGCAAGAAUAGGAGAAGGUAUGCUAUGGAGAAUAUUAGGAUAGAGGAGGAUGUUUUUAAAUCGGAGGCGAAAAGUGAGGCAGAGGGAGGGGAACGCCGUGGCAAGGAGGAGAAAAAUAUCCCAGUUCGUGGGAAAGAGGAAGACGAAGGAGAGGGUAACAAUCCCCAGGAUGGAAAAGUAAAUAUAUCCAGCGGAAGUAGCGCUAAUUCUAGUAGAUUAAAAUUUAUCAGAGAACGCAUGGGGAAUGAGAAAAAUCAAACCAUAACAAAUAUAAAUGAAAUCCUAAAGUUGGAUAAUAAGCCCAUUCACAUAAGCUUCAAAGUGAACAAUGGGAAUUUUAUUGUCUUUACGAAUCUAGAGAAUGUGGCUCAUCCGAUCUUGCUGUGGUCAAACAACUUCGUCUUCUCCUUCUCUCUCUUAAACAAGUGCAUAAUAUUUAGGAAAAUCUACGCCAUAAAUAGUAAAAUAAAGCGAAUUAAUUAUGUGAGUAAUUUUUCUAGCGAUUUAAGUAGAAAGAGGAAAACGGUUGGGGGGGUGAAGGAAGGAGACCCUAAAGAUGUGUCUAACCCACUGCACAAUUAUCACAAAAAAAAAAUCCUACUGUGUGAUAAUUUAAAUGUUAAGGGGGAAGCGAUAUACGAGUCAGUCGACACGAAGAAGGAAAAUUAUAUUUUAAAAGCAAAUGUUAGGAAGAAGGACUACCCGGAGUUUAUCUCCGUUUUUGAACUUGACAUUCACAUUGGGAAUUUUGACAUACGAUUGUCGAAUGACGACGUGGAGAUUUUGCUGAGAGCGUCGUCCACCCUGUUCGGGGAUGUGCCCAGCUCUUACACCAACAUCGCUGUGGGUGCGGUAAUCCCUCCAGUGACAUUUAUUCACACGAAGAUUAAGAACAAAUUUAUGAGGAAUAACAUUUAUUUUGUGAUGAAGGAGGCGUGGGAUGGCCAGGGGGAAAGGGGAUGUGCGGAAGAUGCUGUAACUGGGGGAAGCGCGAAAAAUGGGGACGAGGGAUCUGCGCAGGAGUUGCAGAUUACGAACAUAAAUAAGCUAAAAUGGAAGAAGAGAAGAAAGAGGUCUGUCGUGAUGGGUGACCUCAACAAUGAGGGGGGAGCUAUGAAGCAGGAGGGAGACAGCGCAUCGGAGGAGAAGCUUCCAGUAGGAAUAAACUCUCCUAAGGAGGAAAAGAAGCUCGUAACAACGAUGAAGGAGAAAGGUGAGAUAGAUCUAUCCGAGUCAAGCAACAACGUGAUUGAAUCAUUUUCGUACAACGCUUUGUCCGAAAUUUCGACGGAUUCCAAUUUGACGAUAUACUCCGAUUCGUCCUCCACCGAGUCGUACACAACGAGUAGGAUAUUCUCCAGUAAAAAUGCAUUGCAAAACGAGUCGGAGUCGGAUUUGACUAACGGCAAUGAACAGGUGAAAACGUAUCGAGAUAUCAAAAUAGUAAUAAAGCUACACAAUGUAAAGUGCACCUUUAUCGAUGAUAUAAGAAAUUCUAUUGUGCCAAUAAUUAGGACGAUCAUGAGUAUGAGCAUAUGUUUGAAUUUUUACUCAGAUGAAUGCUCGUACAAUAUAAACGACUUGAAUUCAAAGGUAGAGUAUUUUAAUAACUGCAUUGGAGAUUGGGAACCCUUCUUGGAGAAGUGCAAUAUUUCGUUGGAUAUUCAUAAGAUACUGCCGAAUGAUUCCUUUAGUGAAGACACAGAGUCAAGCAAAUCUCCCAUCAGUAUAAUUAAGAUAAAUAGUGUAAACGCUUUAUGGUUUAAUAUAACCCCGCAGUUAGUUAACCUGCUAUUUCUGUUCCUUCCUGUGUUUACGGACAAGGUACUUAAGGGUUUGAAGAAAAAGGAGAACAACCGAUUCAUGGCCAGCAAUACACUUGAGAAGGAAGAAAACCAGGAAUCCCAUUUGUCACUUUUUAAUAAGAAUUGUGAGAGCGUUUGUGCUGAGCUAGAUGAGAAAAAACUUAGUAUUAAAAGCAAGAGCAUUUAUGAAGAUUGCUCUUCCGUUUUUGAAUCAGUUCCUGGUGAUAUUGAUCAGACGAAGGACACAGAUAUUCAUUUGGAUGAAUUCUUGAACAAGGAGGAAAAUCGAAACAGCUACGAUUGCAUGAGGGACAAUUCUGUUGUUUAUUAUGUCAACUUGACGAGCGAUUUUUUUUACGCCUUUGUGAUGCCUGAGGGUAGUGUGGAGGAGGUGAAAAAGAAGCGCCCCUGUGCAGGUGCCAAGGGGGGAAGGGGGUACCGAAUUGUGCAGGAGGGGGGGAAUGCUCCGACGGGUAUGCCUGCCACUGGUGUGUCUCCCACUAGUUUGAAGCAGAAGCAAAAGAAGGGAAGAGCAAACCUCGGAGGAGCAUUCUCCAGGAUAGAAUUGCGCACCACUAUAGGCAGUGGAAACACGGGUGAUAGAGUUAAGAAGAAUAAUUAUCACAGUGAAGGAAGCGAAGCUGACGAUUCCUCAACCGAUUGUGAGAUGGAUACAAGUGCCCCUGAGUUGUAUGCCAAAAUUGUAACCACGAACGAGUUGGUCUCCCUAGAUCGAUUGCUUGUUAACGAGAUUGCGAACAACUCCUUGAUAGAGAAGAAGUGUCUGUACCUCUACCUCAUCCCCAUUCCCCCCACAAACGUGGUGAACGUUAUACAUGAUAUGUUUGCCAAUGUAAGCAAAAGAGACAUAGUGCUGGAUUUGAUGAUAACGAAGAAUCCGAAGAAGACCAUCGAGAAUUUAUUGGUGUACACCCAAGGGAGAGUGGACCAGAAGGAGGCAAGAAAAGGUGGGGGGAACGAUCCCAAUUUGAAUAUUAAUUUGAUGUCCAAUUGUAAGGCAAAGCUGUCCCAUCGGGUGGAGGAGAGGAGUUACGAGAAUAACAAGUAUAACGGUAACACUGUUACAGAUGAAAGGGGCAUGAUAGAAAAGACCACCGAUGGUGCUAACAUGGGGGAGGAGGAAAUGGAGCAGUUGGGUCGGGAGGAGACAACAUCCAAUUUGAGGGAUAACGAUUUGUUCGCUUCGAAUGAUGAUUUGUCUCUGGAAGGGGGACGGCAAGAGGAGGAACUCGUUGAUGAUGAGGAGGAUACUUCCCAAGGGAGCAGUGAAGACGAGAUGGAGGAGGCACACUCGGUGGAUAGCAGAAGUAGCUCCAGUGAAAGGCACUACUUUAAGUACAGCCAAAGGGGGAAAGAGAUGAGGAAUUCUAUAUAUGCCUCCAACAAAUUCGUAGGUCCAUUUUUGAGGAACUGCGAGUGCGUCAUUAUAAACUUAAUCAAGAACAGUUGUACGACUCUAACCACAUCGUUGAAGAGCAGCAACGUUAUUCACAUGAUGAAGCCACUGGAUUAUAUUUUUGAUGAGGCGUAUGGCAACGGUGUAGAGAAAUGGACCCCCCCGAAGGGUGACAUAAGCGGAGCGAUCCGCGGAAAGGACGAUGCGGCGCUGAACAAAUCAUCCGUGGAAAAGCCGAUCAAAUGGGAAAUGUUGAAUGAAGAGAUGGACAAGCAGACUAAUAUGGCUUGCAAAUACAGGCUGAAGAAUAAUUACCUUCCGGUAACCCCUCUCGCGGAAACAGUAUGCGAAAUUAUAUCUCCCAUGCCGAAUUACAAAAUAUUGUUCAUGUCCUCAACGGUUCGAAUUGUAAACAAGUGUGGCAUUCCUCUGGAGUUUUGUUUCUUCGAUGGAUCGAGAAACCCUAUCUUGUUGACAUCUCUGGAAAAUAGAACCAUACCAAUUAGUACGCUGUACCCCAAUCACAGCGACUCGUUUAAGAAUUAUAAGGUAUCCAAUAGUUUGAAUAUAAACCCUAAUAUAAAGUUGCGUCAAAAGAAUAAUAAUUUGAGUUUCACAGUGAUUUUGAAUCAUGAGUAUUUGCUGUCCACUCCUGAGUGUGCAUUUUGUGGGCCUUCGCAUGUCUACCUAUCUUUUAAGCCGAUAAAUCUGGUAAGCGAGGAAAACGCAUACUACGAAGUGGUCAGCUCAAAGAGCAAAGGAGAACUUUCCAAAGGAAGUGGUUCCAAGGAAGGCACUGCCUCUUCAAAAGGCAUACCCGAUUUUAGUAGAAAUAAUGGGUUGGAUAGCCCCAAAGGGGAAGGACAUAUUUCACCAGGGGGAAAAAUCUGUGUACCUGAUGCGUCAUCUCCCAAGAGUGGGCUAAACGAACUGAUGGACACCUCUUCCAUCAGUAGCGAGAAGGGAUGGUCCGACAUCUUCAGCUCCGACAUGAACCAAGGAACAUAUGUGAAGAAGUGCAAAAUGAAGGAUAGUAAUAAUUACCUUUACUUUAUAGUAAAGAUUGAGAAUAAAAUAAGUGCUCUACCUGCAGAAAAAAAUUUGAAGAUUAUCACUAUAUAUCCUCAUGUAAGUGUAGUGAAUGCUAUUCCUGCGUUGGUGGAUAUCAUAAUUACAUCAGAAAUUUCGGAGGAGAAACAAAACGAUUACGUGCAUGAAGAGAAGGGUAAAAUCGACUUUUUGAAAAAUAAAAAGGUGAAAUUGUUGAGGCAGUGUGAAGAGAUAAAUGCUUACCUGAGCAAACUUUCAUCCGUUAAGCAGGUGAGUUCUGGGAAUAGUUCCGCAGGCGCCACAACUACUACGGUGGCUGGUGGAUCGAGUAGUGGCCAUACGAAUGAUUAUAUCUUAGGAAAGGGCACACAUAACAACAACGAACGGGUGUACAUACAUGAAUUGAAGCGCUUGGAAAAGGAAAUAAGUAACAUUGAUGAAGAAAUUAAAAUAAAGAAAAGGGAGAUAUCGUCCAGUACUUCAAAUAAAGGUUAUGUAAACAAACGUUUGAAUCCAUUUUCCAUUUUUUACAUUUAUGAAAUUAAAAAAUAUAGCUGCUUGAACAUGAAAAUGAAAAUUGGAAAUUCGCAAUGUGAGUGGUCAGACAAAUUAUUCCUUUUGGAGGAUGACGAAGAAUCGGUUAUGAGAUUUUCUCUAAAUUUUAAACGGUUUGCUUCUGUAGAAGUGGAGUUAAUAAAAAACUUCAGUGGGUAUUUCAAUUCAUUGAAUAGUAUCCUGGGUAAUAAGCAGCUAUACAUUUUUUCUCUACCGAGAUGUUUUAUUGACAGAACAGGUCUGGGUAUUAAGGCAAUCAAUUCUAAUAAGUAUUACCCCAUUAUUAACGGCAUAACAUUGUUAGGAGAUAAUUCACAAAUAGAUUUGCUGUUACCGCAUAAGAUGUAUCACAAUGAAUAUUUAAGGUCGUGCCGAAAUGGAGUUCGCAGUUUGGAAGUAGGGGGGGUAGAGACAUUUAACGAUUACAGUGACAUUUUUAACGAUUUUAAUUAUCCAUGCCCUGUUGACAACUCACUGAUAUUGUUCAAGGCGACGUUACCCCCCAUCGGUAGCUACACCGAGACGAGCGUGGUGUGCAAGAAUUUCUUUUACACCUUUUGCCUGAACACGGAAAAGAUUAAGACGACGAAUAUACCCUAUAUCAUUAGCCGAAUAAUCACUGUGGUACCUCAGUUUAUCAUUAGCAAUAAGCUGAACCACCCCAUCCUGGUGAAGCAGUUUCAGACGGAUAAGAUCCAAGGGGUUCGACAGAAUGACACCUCUCCAUUGUACUUCCCGAAGAAGCAGAAUAUCUUGCUCUUCCGUUUUAGGGCACUCGAGGAGGAAGCCGCGUGUGUAGGUGAUGGCACUGCCGAUGACGAUGGCGUUAACAGUGUUGGUGGCUAUGCGGAUGGGCAUGGGAAUAGGAAGAGGGAGGACUACGUGUCCAUUCCGUCUAAGCAAUACAAGAUAAGCAAGAACCCAUUUUGGUCGUCUGUAAUAUUCCCGAGUGAAAACUUCGUGGGGACCAACUACAUGGUAGUGAACAACAGCUCCGUAAAGGAGGAAAAAUCGGAAGUGUACGUAAUUACGUGCAUCCCGGACAUGGGCACUAAAAACAUAAUAAUAGAGAAGCUAGACAAUAAUAUGAACAAGGGUUUUAUUGCCUACAACUGUUCCAGCUUGGCAAGAUACUUGAAAAUACGAACGUUCCAUGAUGAUACAAAACACCUCAAAAUGGAUGAAGAAGAAAAUUAUAAAUUUGAAAAAAAUAUGUUCGUAAAAAAUUUCCUAAGCACAGCUGACAUGGAACAUUAUUUCAACAUCGAAUAUGAUCAAUCUAGUUACCUCGGAUGGGUUAAUCCGUUCAUUUAUGUUACAAGAAAUGUACAGAUAGAGAUCGUACUUCACGACAUGAAGACCAUCCCAAGGACACCCUUUAUAUUAAAGUUCGCCCAGUACAAUUAUGCAGAGAAGUUAUUCCAGGUAUAUUAUUAUGAUGUGGUUUUUAUCAUCUCGAUAGAGUACAUCCAAGAUUUGAUAGCGAUUAAAUUGACCCAUCGAAUUAGUAUUUCUCGGGGGGCACUUGCAGGUGGGGGAGGAUUUAUCGCCACGACUUCGUAUACUAAUGACACUCGCGAAGGUGGAAGAGUUUCUAAAAAUUCGGUGGACAUGCAGGAGUACCACAAGAUAGAAGUUGCUGAGGGAGGGUACGAGUUGAGAGACAAAGGUGGCCACGAAAUGGGUGUCGUGAGAAGCGCUAUGGGGGGUAGCUAUAUUCAGAAGAAGAUGAUGAUUGGCCACAGCGAAUAUAACUAUGUGAAGUAUGGUACGGAGAAAGACUGGGGUGCAGAAGCAGAUGGGGACGAAGGCGGAAGCAGGUACCAAGGUCAGGCGAAUGGCUAUGGAAACUACUACUACUACGGCGGGGGCAGAAGGGAGGAAGCCGUGAAGAUGAUCAGCAACACGUACAAAAAUGUGCACGUAAUUAUCAACGUUACCCAAAUAGGGGUAAGCAUUAUAUCGAAUAUCCUGAAGGAGGAGGUGUUCUUCAUCGAGUUGUCCAAGCUCUGUGCCCUGUUUUAUAUGAAGAACGAGGAAGAAGUUAUUGAUAUCAAAAUUACAGAUGUGCAGGUUGACUGUCAAUUGGAGUCUUGUGAGAAAUGUGUGCUUUUGGCGAACAGGGGGAUAAGCACGAACGGUGAUAAAAGCGGUGGGACAGUUGGUACUUCAGGAGGGGCUUCUGCAGGAAAUAGCGAAAAGGAAUUGAAGAAAAUUAAGAAUGCAUAUGGUGGUCUUCAUCCCCAGACAAGUCGCGGCAAUGGAAUGAGUGGUAGUGGUGGAGUAGGGAGAAAGGGAAGUUACAUGAGCGAGAUGGACGAAUUAUACGGUCGAAAGAAUAGCAGCGAUGGCAUCAAUGGUGAGGGUCGAUCGAAUUUCACAAACAACGAUAUGAUGAGUAGGAGACCUACUGAGGGCAGCCCAGGAAUAAUUGGCAAAGGUAUGAACACAAAUGACGAAAAAAUAUUUUUAAACAUUUAUGUGGAGAGAUCCUUUAUAUCUCAUAAGGAUGUAAUUUUCAAGAAGAUACAGAUUUCUUUGGAUGACGUGGAAAUAGAAAUGGACGCUGAAACUUUAAAUGGAAUUAACUUGCUGAUAGCAGAGUACAUCGAAGGGAUAAGUAUCGUGCAGAAGAAGAACCUACUCUAUGAGGAAAUUCAAAAGUGGACCAUUUUACCCGUCUAUGUGAAUUACAAGUCUCCAGAUAUCCCCUUAGCCAUAAAUAUACAGUACAUGCAGAUAGACAAAUUUACCCUCAUCGUGUGGUGCUCCUUUUUACUGGACAAAAUGCAUAUGAUGAGUGAUCUGCUCAGAAUCGGUUUACGAAUAUUGAUGGUGUCUGGAAAGUUAGAAUUGUUAGGAGCACCUGUCACGCUGAAUCAGGAAAUCUUUAACAAUAUCCGUGUUAGCUUGAAGUCGUUUUAUGCUCUAUUGAAGGAUAAGUACAGUCAUUCUAUUUUGGCAUGUCUAGGGUUUAUAGUGGGAUAUAGCAGCCUGAUUAACAUACCCAAGAUUCCCCUUGAAAUUGGAAGGAAUACCAUAGGGCUAGCCGUUUACGCCGUGGAUAACGUAAGUGUGGGUAUUGGAAGCUUCCUUUCUAAUUUAACCUUCGAUGCAGAAUACAUCAACAGGAGACAGAAGGAAAGGAACUUUAAAACAAAUACUAACAUGAAAGAGGGCCUCCUAAGUGCUGUAAAAAAUAUUGGGGAGGGAGUGCUAAGCUUAUCUAACAUUGUUACGAAACCAAUUGAGGGUGCCCAGAAGGAAGGCGUUGGUGGAUUUUUCAAAGGGAUAGGUAAAGGGGUAGCUGGAUCCUUGGUAAAACCGCUAGAUAAAGUAGGCCAAGCCGUAUCAGAUGUUACGAGAGGUAUAAAAGCUGAGGUGUCAAAACCUAUUGGGGGACAUAAGUACAAAAUCAAGAGACAUAGGAAGCCAAGAAUGUUAUGGGGGGAGUAUGGAAAAAUAAAAGAAUACAAUUUGCAUGAAGCUGAAUUGAGAGAGUGUCUGGGGUUGAAAUUUUCAAAAAAUAUUAUGAAAUGUUUGACGAUACAUAAACAGGAGAAUCACCCUCCUGCACAUUAUUCCUUGUUGCUAUAUCCGAAGGUUAUUAUUUAUGCCAAUUUGUAUGCCAACCAGUUUGUAGGUGGUAAGAAUGGUGAAUUUCUGGGGGAAAAGAAGAGCGUCGGGGGGGGCGACAUCGUCAUUUGGUCGCUCAGGAUUGAGGACAUCUCCGAAAUAAGGGCCUCAAGUCACGGGGUAAUAAUCCGCACGGGAAACUCCAACAAUCUCGUGUACAAAAUUCCCUGCAACAAUGCACUCUUGAUAAAUAAGAUUUACCGCGAGCUUCACAGCUCGAAGAGCUCCAUCAACUCGACCAUCAUCCUGGGGGACGCGCCUUCCUCGCCGUGCGUUUAG